UGAAAAUGUUCAUUUGCCAUGAAUACAGUUGUUUGUUGUGAAACAUCAUAUUAAAAAAGCAUGUGGAGAUUCAAACAGUUGAUGCCUAAGGAUCAAACAGGACUUGAAGGAAGGACAAUUGACAUUGGUAAUCUGAAAGUUCAUGUCCGCAAUGCUAUAGCUGAGGGUGGAUUCUCUUGUGUUUACUUAGCUCGAGAAGCACUACAUGGUUCAAAACAGUAUGCAUUAAAGCAUAUCAUAUGUAUCGACGAAGAAUCGUUAGAGCUAGUGAAGAAAGAAAUAAGUACAAUGAAAUCUCUCAAAGGACACCCCAACAUUGUUCCCCUAUUUGCUCACGCCAUUUUUGACAUGGGACGGACAAAAGAAGCACUUCUUGUGAUGGAGUAUUGUGAGAAGUCUUUGGUUAAUGUGUUGGAAAACAGAGGAGCUGGUUAUUUUGAUGAGAAACAGAUUCUUGUCAUAUUUAGGGAUAUCUGCAAUUCAGUAUUUGCAAUGCACUGCCAAUCUCCACCUAUUGCUCACAGAGACUUGAAGGCUGAAAAUCUUCUUCUGGGACACGAUGGAUUGUGGAAAUUAUGCGAUUUUGGAAGUAUAUCAACCAACCAUAAGCGAUUUGAAAAGGCUGAAGAAAUGGGUAUUGAAGAAGAUAACAUCAGAAAGUAUACAACACCUGCCUAUAGAGCUCCUGAGAUGUGGGAUCUAUUUCGAAGAGAGGUUAUAAAUGAAAAGGUUGAUAUUUGGGCUUUAGGUUGUCUCCUAUUCCGUAUAUGCUACUUAAAGUUGGCAUUUGAUGGAGAAUCAAAGCUACAAAUUUUAAAUGGGAAUUAUCGUAUUCCAGAUUCACCAAAGUACAGUACUAACAUCACAAGCUUGAUCAAAGACAUGCUUCAAUCUUCACCCGAUGCCAGACCAGAUAUCACGCAGGUAUGGUUUCGUGUUAACAACCUAUUGCCAGAAGAACUACAAAAGUCAUUGCCUGAUAGACCAUCAGAAUCAAGUCUGCCAGCUCCUGAUAUCCUUGAAGGGAUUCAAAAGACUAAGCAUAAGAAUCAACCAAUGCCAAUGCCUCAACCUUCCGGUGGAAAUGCAGGGCAUCUCGGGGCUUUUUGGACAACCGAGCAUGCCAAGGACGUAAAUGUUGUCAAGUUUGUUGAAGAACCUAUUUUUCCCAAGUGGGAUGCUUUUCCUCAAAACAUUGUACCACAUAGAGAAGAAAAUAUUCAACCUCGGCCAAAUUUGAAGAAUGUGCAAGGAGAACCUAACCGUAGAUCAAAGUCAUCGUCAUUUGGGAAUGAAGCAUUUAACUGUUUCGUGGCAGAAUUCGAUAUGGAUAAGUUAAACUCUCAAGUCAUCGUCAAGAAAUCAGGGAAUGAAGAGGAGAAGGAGAAGGAAAUGAAGAUGGAUAGUGAGGUUGAGAAAUUGAAGAAACAACUUAAACAAGCUAAUGUAGAAAAGGAUGAAAUUAUGAGUAAAUUCGAGAAGCUAUCGGCUAUUUGUCGAUCGCAGAGACAAGAGUUACACGAGCUUAAACAAGAAUUGGCAACUCGAAAAAAAGUUGACGUAACACCUCAGCUUAAACAAGAAUUGGCAACUCGAACAAAAGUUGAUGGAACACCUCAGCAAAGGGAGAUGGUUUGGGAAUUCCAACCGGGAUUAUUCGAGAACAGUUCUCCAAAUCCCGAGCCAAAAGAUUUAUUCGACGAAACAAAUCAGAAUAAGAAGAUUGAAGGUACAAUUUGGGAACUCCAACAAGGAUUAUUCGAAAACAAUUCGCCAAAUCCUGACCCAAAUUCAGGCUGGGGAUUUGGGGCCGAGUCUUUUCCAACUUUCUCGGGUGGUGGUGGCGACUCGAAGAACACUAACAGUAGCUUUUCGGCUUCCCAACCUGCUGGAUGGGCGGGUUUUUAGUACUUUUCCUUUCAUCUGCUUGAAAUAAAUAGAAGGUACUUAUAUAUGAAUUGUUCAUGUUUUCAAAUAAAUUGUUUAAUGCAUUGA